AUGCACACAGAUAUGCGGCUAAAAGGAUUUGAACAACUCACCCUUUCUCCCUUCCCGCUAGAUUACUCUCAUCCUCGCAGGCUCCCGACUGUCCAGCGCCUUCUGGUGGCCAAAGACAACAACGUAAGUAAACGAAGCCGCAGAACUGCCAGAUUUAGUCUCACCUGCAUCCAUAGGGAAACCAGGGAGCCGGCUGGCGGCCAGAUCCUCCAGCAAAUCCCGCUCACCUACUUCCGCACGUACACCUACCAGCCAUUGGCUCCUGGCUUCUUCGGAUUCGGAGCUGCUCAGACACCUCUGCUGCCUGGUGCCCAGUACGAUCCGUAUGGGAUGACCAGCUACGCUGCUGCCCGGAGACACGACUCCGCUUCCAGGCAAGAAGUGACUGCUCCGGCGGAGCUAAACAACGCGCCCAGCAGCGCACGCACCACCAGCACCACUGCCGCUCCAACGACCACAAGCACCACCACCACCACCACCACCACCCCGGCACCAACCACCAGGACUAGCACUACUACCACCAGUACCACUACCACCACCACCCCACCACCAGUGCCACCGCCGCCCCAGUCCACCAGCAGUAGCUUCUCCGAGGGAUCCACCUCCAGCCUGCUGCGCUUCGGCGAGUACCCCGCGUACAAUCGCCGGGUAAGCAACCUCUAUAACGCCAGGCCGCAGUACCCAUAUCCGGACUACUUCAACUACCAGCAGAUGCCGCAGCAGCAGAGCAUCGCAGCAGCCUCGGAGCACGGAGGGGUGCCCACCAACAGUCGCAUCCAGUUUGUUCCCUGCAUGUGUCCCGUCAGCAUGCCCAGCUUUGUCUCAUCAGCCUCCUCGACGGCGGCCACACUGCCUCCGCAGCCGUCCACCUCCUCCACAGCGUUCGUCUCCCAGCCGGCGGCUCGUCACAUCGAGGGACAGGAAUUGGAAGCGGAAGCCGAUGGCGAGACAGACAACGAGGGCGAGGAGGAGGACGAGGACGAGGAGCAGGGGCAGGAGCAGGAGCAGGAGCAGGGCCAGAGCCAGAGCCAGACUCCUGGAGGCCUGGAAGACGGCGCCAGCAAGGCUCAGUUAGAAACGCAGGACAUGACCUCAGACGACAGUGCCGUGUAGUUCAAUUGGAUGGUGCAGCCACAGCCACAGCCUUCCUGGUUCAAAGCCAAUCCUCGACUGACUUGCCACUUUGGGGGUGCCCCAGAGAUCUCCUUGCAGCCCCAGUGUUCCAGAAUGCUUGAAGUUUUGGGAAAAUAUUAAUAACAAAUGAAACAAUGAUU